CUACAGGUAUCGCGUCGCUUCUGGUUGAAGAAGGACUAUGGACAGUAAACCAUUGAGUCCUAUGAAAGCCUUACCAGCCGCUCCCGAAGUCGAGCAUGCCGUCUUACCGAUGAUAGACAUGAGACCGACUACUCGUCGAUUGAUGAUGCUGGAGGACCGGAUGAUGCAGCAAGAGAUGACGACCAGAGCACUCAUAGACAGAGCCAUUCGGAUUAAGGAAGACUUGGCGGAGUAUCUGUCAACAUCCCGCCAUUCAUGGGAUGGAGAGAAAAGAGAGAGACAGCUACUUCACGAUCACAUCCAGACCAUAACGACUACAGUAAAGAGACUAGGACGAGACACUGAGGGUCUAGAGAGAGACUAUCGUGACGUAGAGGAGAGGCUUCAUUCACAGAAGCAAUACAUUAGACGGAUGGAACAGUUAAUUGCCUCGGGGAAUUCCGAUUUAAGGGGGCGACUGUCGAGGUGCGAUGCAGGUAUAAGCCGACUUGCUACCGAAUUGAGGACUUGCUACGAAAGAACGAAGAGGGUGGAAGACGAGCACAGACAGAUGAAGCAACAGACUGACAUCAAAUUGACCGAAAUGUAUUCGUCGGUAGACAAACUAGGUUCACAGAUACAGAAGCUGACGACCGACGUGACCGCCCGGUUACAGACGUUGGAGUCGUUUGUCAAGCAGCAGGUAGCGAUCUUAGACUCUCGGGUCAGUACGACCAUCGAGGAUCUACGAGGCAAUAUUACUGCUAACCAUCGUUGGUCGGAAGCCGAGAGGGGCAAACUAAGCCAGCAGUUGAGCUCGAGAAUCGACCUCACUAAUUCUCUCAUCGAUACUCGAAUGAGCGAAUUUGAAAGACGUGUGGAGAGUCGGUUAAACGAAAUGUCGAGACAACUUGGAGACGAGAAGCAAGCUCGAUCUGCAUGGGAAGCACGUGCGAGAAGUCGGAGUGAGACCGCGGAGGCUCGAUGUCGUCACGUCAUCGAUCAGUUGAGAAAAGAAUGUGGAGAGAGUUUUAAAGCUGUACAGGAGAGUAUCGAGUCGAUGAGAGAGGUGUUGGAUGCAAAACGGACACUUCUGGAGCAGAAAUUGGAAGAGAACAUUCAACGAAUUCUUAAAACUGUAGUCGUGCUGUAAUUAAUUAAUUAAUUAGUUAAUGACGAACGGGAUGUUGUUUGACGUGUUGACUUUUUGUAGAAUAUUUGGAAAGUGUGUAGAGCCAUUGUAACAAUCAAAGUAAUGGUAUAAUAGUAUUAGAUAUAUUUACGAUAAUAUAUUAAAUAAUAUACUUAAUUGUGGGUAAACUAAUUAAUUAAUACAUAAGUUUGGGGUAGCUAAUGUAAUACAAUGUAUCUGU